CGAUGCCUGAGCCAGCUAAGUCCGCUUCUGCUCCGAAGAAGGGCUCUAAAAAGGCGGUGGCCAAGGCUCAGAAAAAGGACGGCAAGAAGCGCAAGCGCAGUCGCAAGGAGAGCUAUUCCGUAUAUGUGUAUAAGGUGUUGAAGCAGGUUCACCCGGAUACCGGUAUUUCUUCCAAGGCCAUGGGUAUCAUGAAUUCAUUUGUCAACGACAUCUUCGAGCGCAUCGCGGGCGAGGCGUCGCGUUUGGCGCAUUACAACAAACGCUCGACCAUCACGUCCAGGGAGAUCCAGACGGCCGUGCGCCUGUUGUUGCCCGGGGAGUUGGCCAAGCAUGCCGUGUCCGAGGGCACCAAGGCUGUUACCAAGUACACCAGCUCCAAAUAA